CUGUCAGUCCAUGCCCAACAGUGUCCACUGCUGCUGUCCUCUCACCUUUCACCUCUGUCCCCUCUGUCGUAGAAGGAGAAGGCAAGACGAGUUGUCACGUUGUCAGAUAGUAGUACGAGUAAUUAUUAAAAAGUAAAAAUGUAUGCGGUUCAACGCGUCCUUACGAGAUCACCGAAGCUGCUCAAAGUAACUGAAAGUCAGUGCAGGACAAUUCUCGGUACUCCUCCCAGAGUGCGAGUAUCUUUUGCUGAAAAAAUGGCUAUGGGUGCAGCACUUUGGCUAGGGCUGAUGACCAUUCCAUUGUACAUUUCAUGUAAUAUAAAAAAUUACAACGCACACUCAGAAUCAGAAUAAAUAUAUGUAGUUGUAUUCUUAAGUUUGUAAAUUAGGUAUCGUAGAUGAAUGUAACUGGAUUGUUUGAACUACAUAAAGUCAAAUAAAAUUGUUCGUCAUCUCUCGAAGGACUGUACUUACGA